CAACAGUGCUGCGCCUUUAAGAUGUAAAAAAGCGAUGGUUGCCACAAUGGCGCACACGGGCGAGCAUAUGUGAAAGAAGCACCGCGUGUGGGUGUGCACGAGCGUGUGUGUGUGUGGCCAUUUUUACGACCGGUUUCACCCACCACCCCACGAGCCCGCGGGAAAACUAACGAAACAGAAGGAGAGAGAGAGAGACGUGUGCGUACUGCUGGCGGUGGCAGGAAGUGGAACCGUUGUGGAGAGAAAAACCAACCGGAGAAAGUGUUACAAGUGUGUGGGAGGCAAUUGGCACCACCGGCGCGUUGCGAAGGGAAAAGGAAACAAAAAAAGAAGUGUGUGCGUGCGUGUGUGAGAGAGAGAGUGUUUUCUAAAAAUAAUAGGUAAUAAAUGACCGAUAGAAAAUUGCCAAUUAGUCCAUCGGAACAGGGCCCGGCCGGUAGCCAGCUCCUUCACCACCAACACCUACCACCACCCCAUCAGCACCACCAUCUGCCGCACCAUCAUCAGCAGCUCUUGCGUCGGUUGGCAGGAGACCAGCAGAACCACCUCGGUGGCAACAGUUCCACGACGGUGGCGACGUCGACAACUACUACGACAACGACGACGGCCGGCCUUGCUGGGGAAGGACUCGCCACCGGGGUCGGUGGUGGUGGUGGUGGUGGUGUAGGAGUGGGUGAAGGUGGCACUGGCCCCAUUACGACCGGUGCACCCGCACCACCACCCCGGGGCGUGUCAUCGUUGAGUUCGGGACAUCAUCCGGCCGGUGCCACCUCCGGCGUAGCGCUGGCGAGUCUCAACAGCAACAGCAGCAACACCAACACCGGCCAGGGUGUGGUUGGUAGCUGCAACAACCAUGUGGCCGGUGGUGGUGCAUCCGUCACGACCGCCGGUGGCACUAAACACGCGAACAUGCACCGCCUGAAGCAUACCAGUUCGCUUACCACCAGCAUAUAUCCAGAGCUUUAUGACAAAGGCAAUCGAUUAUCUCAUUCGAGUGAUACCAGCCAGGCGGACACCAUGACCUCUGUAACGAGCUCUUCGUUGGACUCGGACGAAGUCGAUCUGUCCGGUCUCGUGGAGUCCGUGGUCGAUUCCGACGAGGAAGACAUCGCCGAGAGCAUAGAUAGUUUAAGUGUUCGAGAUACAGUGCGAGAAUGCCUGGAGAAGGACCCGAGCGACCGGACGGUGGAGGAUAUCGAGAUUCUGCUCGAGUUCACACAAAAGCUGAAAGCUUUUACCAACAUGACUUUCGCGGUUCGGAGGGCUCUCUGCGCGGUGAUGGUGUUUGCGGUGGUCGAAAAAGCCGGCACUGUCGUAAUGAACGAUGGCGAGGAGCUGGACUCUUGGAGUGUGCUGAUCAACGGACACGUUGAGAUCGAGCACGGUACGGGCGAGGUGGAAUAUCUGCACUAUGGCGACAGCUUCGGUAUCAUGCCGACGAUGGACAAACUGUACCAUCGCGGCGUGAUGAGGACCAAGUGCGAUGAUUGUCAGUUUGUGUGUAUCACGCAGACGGAUUACUACCGGAUACAGCACCAGGGCGAGGAUAACAUACGCAAGAUCGAGGAAGAUGGGCACGUGGUGAUGGUGACCGAGCUGCGCAACAGUACCGGGGAGAAUGGUACGCGCAAGGGAUACGUCGUUAUCCGUGGCACGGUGGAGCGGUUAAUGCAUCAGCUGGUCGAAGAUACAACCCAGACGGACCCGAACUACGUGGAGGACUUUUUGCUCACAUGCCGUACGUUCAUCAGCAAUCCGAUAGACAUUUCCAAGCAGCUGCUCAAGUGGUUUAACGUCGACAGUGGCGAUGAGUCUGGUGGUAGCGGUGGCGUCUCGAACGAUCUUCCCGAUAGUUCCGGAUCGUCGAUCACGCACCACGUGUCGGGCAGCAGCAUGCUUGGAACUGGCGACAGUGUGCUGUGCGAUCGCGUCACACGUGUGGUCCUUUUGUGGGUGAACAAUCACUUCACGGACUUCGACACCGACCCGCAGAUGAUGGAGUUUCUUGAGAAAUUCGAAGCAGCCCUCGAAAAGAAGAACAUGCUAGAACAGCUGCGAUUGUUGCACGUGUACGCGCAGCACAACGCUCGCGAGCGAAAUGUUACGCUUGCGCGCAGCUCUCGGGACGAGGACCUAAACUUCCAGAUCUCGGGCGGUCCCGGUGGCAUCUUUAUAACGCGCGUCGAACCGAAAACGAAAGCUUACGAUGCGGGCCUGAAGCGUGGCGAUCAGAUACUGGAGGUAAACGGGCAGAGCUUCGAACAUGUGACGUGCCCACGAGCGCUGGAAAUUCUCAUGGGAACGACACAUCUCAGUAUUACGGUCAAGAGCAACCUGUGGGCGUUCAAGGGCAUGCUGUCGAAUGCGGACGGCGAUUCGAGCAAGCUGAAGAUCGACUUGAAGAAAGGCUUGCGGGCGGAUCUGCUGCAAUCGCAAAAGUCCCUCGAUCUGGUCGAUAAAGCGGGUCUGCUACCGACGCCUCAGUUCCUCAUGCCACUCCCGGUGCGAGACAUCGAGUACGGACGGAAGGAUUCCGGCGUGUCGACACCGUCCUCGUCGUCGCAGCUGAACAACAACAAGGGCGGCAGUAGCUUCAUGACGCUCGGUGGCAAAAAGCGCAUCCAGAAGGCGCUGAUCAAGAUGAACCUUCUGCCAAAGAAUAGCGUCUUCCAGGAUGAUAACAUCAAUAAUAACAACAGCAGCGGUGGUGGUGGCGGCACCAAUAGCAGCAGCACCAGUAGCAGCACCGCCAACAAUGGUAACAGCAACAACGGCAGCAGUUACGAGGGUGGCAGCGAUCGAUCGUCAGGCAUUAGCGUAAACUUCUCCUCGCAAGCGUCCUCCAUCUCGACGUCCUCGAUAACGACGGCCGACUCGGACGAAACGCCACCGACAUCGGCCUACCAGAGCAAUCCGGAUCUGCGCGAGAAUCCGAGCACACCGGCCAAAGCCCAAUCGACGGAGGCGAUUAUACCGACGAAGGCGGGCACGCUGUACUACGAGGAGCUACGGGCGAGCGACUUUCCCGAGCACAUUCUGAAGGUGUACAAGUCGGACCAAACGUGCAAGUACCUGCUGGUGCACAAGGAAACAACCGCCCAUGAGGUGGUGAUGCUGGCGUUGCAGGAAUUCGGCAUACACGAUCCUAGUUCGAACUUUUCCCUGUGUGAGGUGAGCGUCGGUGAGGGUGGCAUGAUCAAGCAGCGCCGGUUGCCUGAUCAGCUGCAGAAUCUGGCUGAACGAAUCGGACUCAGUUCGCGGUACUAUCUCAAGACAAACGGCAUCACGGAGACGCUCGUACCGGAUGAUGUGGCGCCGGAGCUGAUCCGCGAGAGUGCCGUGCAUUUUCUACAGCUAAAUGCGAACGAACUGGCGAUUCAGUUGACGCUGCAGGACUUCAGCAUCUUCCGGCAGAUCGAGUCGACGGAGUAUAUUGACGAUCUGUUCAACCUGAAGAGCCGAUAUGGAAAGCCGAUGUUGGUGCGAUUCGCCGAGCUGGUCAACCGCGAGAUGUUCUGGGUGGUGACGGAGGUGUGCAGCGAGCACAACAUGAUGCGCCGAUGCAAAAUCAUCAAGCAGUUCAUUAAGAUCGCGCGGCACUGCAAGGAGUGCAAAAAUUUCAACAGUCUGUUCGCGAUCGUGAGCGGGUUGGGCCACGCGGCGGUCAGCCGGUUGCGGCAGACGUGGGAAAAACUGCCGUCGAAGUACCAGAAGCUGUUCAACGACCUGCAAGACCUGAUGGAUCCGUCACGCAACAUGUCGAAGUACCGGCAGCUGAUACAGACCGAGCUAAACGCACAGCAACCCGUCAUUCCGUUCUACCCGGUGGUGAAGAAAGACCUCACCUUCAUCCAUCUCGGGAACGAUACGAAAAUCGAGAGCCUGAUCAACUUCGAGAAGUUGCGCAUGAUUUCGAAGGAGAUCCGGACGCUGCUGCACAUGUGCAACUCCCCGUACGACAUCCUCACGAUGCUGGAGUACAAAUGCCAACCGCCCAGCUCGGCCAUGCUCGCGCUCAACCAGAUGUCCGUGCCGUCCGGAAGCGGAAAUCUAAUGCUUGCACCACCGGCCCCUGCACCUCCACCAACGGUAUCCUCGGCGGCGGCCGCAUUCGUCCACAGCCAGACGGUGAAACGGCGCAAGAAGUCAACCGCCGCCCCGAACCCGAAGAAAAUGUUCGAAGAAGCACAGAUGGUGCGGCGUGUGAAGGCGUACCUGAACAACAUGAAGGUCACCACGGACGAGGACGAACUGCACCGGUUGUCGCUGGAGUGCGAGGCACAGGGUGGCACCACACCGAACACGGUGCAAGUCCGCAAACGGUAUCCUUCUCCGACGCUUUCCACCACGUCAAGCACGAGUUCGACGAGUGAAGGCAAAAAGGGCGCUCUUGGGUUGGGCAUGAGCAGUCUCUCGAUCGGAAGUGCCAGCAGUGGCAACAGUGGAGCGCCCAAGUUUGGUGCCGCAUCUCCACAAGCCGUCAAAAAGCUGCUGUCGUUGUCGGAACAAACAAAAACUCGCCCACAUCAACCGAGACAUCCUUCGGCGGGAUCGAUUCUUCCGCCACCGCUCAACAACAUCCACCAUCAUCACCACCAGCAUCACGGUCACGGUCCGCUGUCGGGACACCACAGUACGCUCUCUCACUUCCAUCAUGCACACGCGGCGGCCACUUCCUAUCUGCAUCACGGUGCCACAGGCAUCUCCAUCAGUCCCUCGCAGUCGCCCGUACACUGUUGCGUGGAUGCCCGCGGAGGUGCCGCGGGAGGUACAAUCCCUGCCAGUGGUGGUGUUCCGACCGGGACGGGUGUCAUGGGACCACCGCAAUAUCCGCCACCGUCGGUGGGAGGUUUCACGGGUGCACCGAGUGGUACGGGUGGUGGCGUUCACCUGGCCGGGAUGUUGCCAACUCCGCCAAACUACAGCACCACCAUGUCGAUGUACCCGAACGGUCGACCGACCGUGCUGGCCAGCAGGAUACUGGAGAGUUCCGUCGAUGCUCCUAGUCAAAUACCGCCACCGAUGGAACUUCCGCCGGAGAGCAGCUCUUUCCGGAGUCCACCGAACUAUGCUCAAACGGCUCAUCGAAGGAUCGCUAGCAAUAAUGCAACCAUUCCACCACCCUACCCAACACCACACCAAAACUUUGGCUCAUCCUCGCGGAUCAUCUCCGCGGUCGGAAUUUCGCCGAUAGCACCGAAUUACGUGGCCCCAGCCGUCAACGCCAUGUCACCGAUGUACAGUGGCAACGGCGGUGGCGGUCCACCGGUGCCAUCGAGUGGCCCAGGAACAGUGGGCGUAGGUAGCAGUGGUGGUGGUGGUGGUGCCAACCUGCCACCAGCGAUACCGGCCCGAUUGCACGAAACCGUCACAUCCGGAGGUGUCGGGCUCGUCGAUUCGGUACCACCACCGUUACCUCCACCGAGCAUAGAUCUGUCCGUGGAAAGCAGCUCCGUAACCGUGCUCAGCAGCGCCGCGUCCGAACCAACCCAUGGUGGGGCCGAACUGCUUGACGAUGAUGAAUCUGUUGAGCGAGAUUGCCUGGGAACGAUUUCAACCGAUGUAUAA